CGAAGCCGGAGGCGAACUCAACGACGCAGCUUCCUGACUGUCUCGCCCAUACCGCCGAGUCAUAGCAAAGGAUUGGAUUCUCAAGAGUAGCCGUUCGCACCGCCCAUUAGUCCUCAACGGCUAAAAAUUGAGAUUGAGCAGGCGGCUACAGUGGUGCCAGCAGAAGGAAGAAUUCAGCGAUGAAAUAGCAACGUCGCGGGUCGCAAUCGGAAAUUUUAGUAAGGAUUUAAGGCUAGAAUGCACCAUCGCAAUUGAUGAAUCCACACUUCAGUUUGGAAUAUUUACAAAGCGGAGAAAAUUUCAGUCAAAAACCCUUUAACACCGCGUUAAUUGUUUUGGUUCAGGAAAGCUUAGAUGGAUUCUUUAGAUGACUUAUUUUCCGAUGGUGCAGCUAAGACUUCAAGGGCAGUUGGUAAAUUUCAACCUAAGGCAAAGGGCCGUCCCGUAAAAAAAGGACCCGUCGCCGCGGCCACUUCUUCUGCUCCUCCAUCACAAUCUAACCAGUUGGGUGGUGCUGAUAAACGUGAAGGGACUGAGGUUCUCAAGGCUGGACAGUUAUCCACAAAAGAUGGCUCAAGUGAACUUAUUGUUCCUGAAAACAAUAGAGACUUGCAAUGUUGCUUAGAGAAAUCAGUAGGAGAGAGUGCUGAUUUAUUUCCUGAGUUGGAAUCACUUGAUGAUUUUCUUCCGCAUGAUACGAAUGCUACGGAGACUACCAUUCCAUCAUCUGAGGAGCAACUUGCUAUUACAACUACUUCACCUGUUGAUGAUCCAACUCCUGUAUCAAAUAUCCCCGGUGCUCAGAAUUCUGAAGUAUCUGCUGCUCAAGGUCCAUUGACUUGUGGAGAACCUGUUGUUGCUACUCAUGAGGGGGUCUCGCAGAUUGAUAGUAUAGACCUGGAAAUAGAGGGAAUUGAGACAUAUCCUUGCUUGGAAACUCCAGAUGGGCCUGAGCUAGCUACUAUAUCUGGGCGGCAUACUGGAAAAUUCCAACCCAAGCCCAAAGCACAUGUGUUCAAAGAGAGCUGUGAUACUGGCAUUCCUAAUUCCUGUGCACAAGAGUCACUGUCUACUGACUUUGUGGAUAAAGAAAGACUUCCUGCACUUUCCGAUGAUGUUCUUGAUUUGUCAUCUUUAGGAUUUGAUCAUGCUCCCCCCACAGAAUCUACACCUGAAGUUCCGGUUAAUGAGGAAAUGCCAAAUGUUGAUGUGAAUUUUCCAGCUGAACAGCCUGGCAGCUCUGGUAUAAAUGCGGAUGAAAAUAUUGAUGCAGAGUUUCAGGUGGAAAAUGAAACCCAAAAGAAAAAAGGACGAAAAAAGGCAAAGAAAAAGGCUGGUGGUGAAGAAAAGCCUGCUAGAAAGCGUAAAAAAGCAGAUAAAACUGAGCAGGCAACUAAAGAGAAACCUAAAAAGUUUUCUCACACAACUCGGCAGAAGAGAAGGAUGGUGGACAAGGCUUUAUUGGAUACUCCCGAGGAUGAGAUCGACUUCCAAAGAGUGCGAAUCAAGGAUCUAAUUUUGCUUGCAGAGCACAAGGAGCGGUUGGCGAAAAAGGAGGCAGCAUUACAGAACCCACAACCACAAGUAAACCCAAGCAAUGUUGAUAACUCUUCUGAAUUGAACAAUGAAGAGGAGAGGUUUACUUUUGAUGAAGAUGAAAAUGAAAAUGGAGAAGCGUUUGAGGAACAAACAACUAAUGAGGUGGAAGAUAGUACCGUCUACUUUAAUUAUCAAACUUACAUGGAAAAAACACCCCGAGUCCGAUGGUCAAAAGAGGACACAGAAGUGUUCUAUGAGGCCAUUCGGCAAUUUGGCUCAGACUUUUCCAUGAUACAACAACUCUUUCCGGGCCGGACACGCGCUCAGAUAAGACUGAAGUAUAAGAAAGAAGAGCGGCGACAUCCAUCAAGAGUUCAUGAUGCUCUAACUAAUCGUUCCAAAGAUCAUUCCCGCUUUGAGCAAGUGAUUGCACACUUGAGGCAAAUUGCAGCAGAGGAAGUCCAAAAUGAUGACGGCAUAGAUGAGUCAAUUGACUUGACUGGCGAAGAGGUUGAGGGGCAGAAGGAAGAACCAAACUCGGAGCAUAACGAGGAAGCAGAGGUCCAGGAUGUGGAGCAAGAUGUUACACAAGUUAACAGUUCUGUGGUUGAGGAGGAUGAGGAAGACGAGGACAUAUGGAGCCAAUACAAGAGUGAGUUUUGAUCCAAAUUGCAAAUAAAAUCAGCUGCUAUAGUAUAGUUUUGCCCAUUUCAAAUGCUUGCAAGUUGAACAUCCUUUUUUUUUUUUUGGAACUAUGGUAACUUUAGUUUUGUUUCAUUAUCUUCUCCUGUAGUCCAAGAACAACCAUUUCUUUUAUCCUUCUCAUAAGUUGUAUAUACAAGAAAUUUUGUUU